AUGGAAUUUAACAGAGCAAUUCAGUACAACGACAUAGUUGUCUUCUCAGUAAACUUAAGGGUCUUUAAAAUAGAGGUGCUAAUGAGUGGAAGAAAGCAUUUUGUUGAGAAGAGAUAUAGUGAAUUCCAUGCUCUUCAUAAAAAGCUCAAGAAGUUCAUAAGAACGCCAGAGAUCCCUUCGAAACACGUCAGAAACUGGGUCCCAAAGGUCCUGGAGCAGCGACGGCAAGGUCUGGAGUUGUACUUGCAGACAGUCAUUUUAGAAAAUGAAGAACUCCCUAAAAUAUUUCUUGAUUUCCUGAAUGUUCGCCAUGUACCUACCCUGCCAAAAGCAGAAAGCUGUGGCUAGUUUGUAGAAUAUUCUGUUUUACUGUCCCUUGAUACUGACAUCACUGUUCUUGACCUUUCCAGCAAACUGUCCCACCAGCCUGUGCUGCUGUUCCUAAGGGAUCCAUAUGUCUUGCCUAAAGCCAACGAUGACUUUCCAAAUGUUGUUAUAGAAGGCAUUCUGCAUGGAAUAUUUUAUCCUCAUCUACUGCCCAGGUAGAAGUGGCAUGUCAUUAGAAGAAGCUAAAGCAAGCCUUCAAGUCAUGCUCAAUGGAAUUAAUGAGAAGAAUUCUGGGAUGUGAUAAUUAUGCUCAGAAGGAAGAGAGACAGCCUCAGUUUAAGUUCAAGCAUUAUGCUUUUUUUAAAAAGUCAAUGUCAUAACUGCUGCUUUAAAAAAAAAAAAGAUAUGGAAACAACUGUAUUGAAGUUAUUUAAAUCUUACAUAUAGAUGUGGUCUAACUAUUUAACACUAAAAGCUUAAAGUCAUACACUGAAUUACACUAAAUGUUCAAAAAGAAUUGAAAGUUUUACUAAUUAUUUCUGGAUUUUUGUCAUAAAUUACACUAAACCUUUUUGCACCAGGAAUUUUCCCAGCACAUCAUCCAUUGCAGGCAGUGGAUGGAUUGAAAGUGCUAGCACUAAAGACAGUAUC